AUGUCAGACCGCGAGAUCCAGCAGGCACUUGAGAAUCACUACCGGGCGCCCUCGGAGAAGGAGGGGAACCCAGACUAUGGUGGCACGCCGGAUGCCCCUAUCAUCCCCGACACGAGAAUUGAGAGGGCCGAGAGGGAACAUGCCGCUAUCGAGAAGGAGAGCGUUCGUUCCGACGGGAAACGCGAGCUCAAGGAAUACGAAUGUUAUGAGAAACUGGGAUACUGCUGGCCGACGUGGAAGAAAUGGACCUAUCUCGUCGCGGUCGCCUUCGUACAAGUGUCCAUGAACUUCAACACCUCUGUCUUCCCCAAUGCCGUCAAGCCACUCUCUGAGGCUUUCAAUAUCAGCGAGCAGCAUGCGAGGACUGCCCAAAUGGCGUACCUGGUGACAUAUUCCAUUGGCUGUGAGCUGUGGGCGCCGUGGAGUGAGGAGUUUGGUCGAUGGCCCAUUCUGCAGCUGUCCAUGUUCCUCAUCAACAUCUGGCAAAUCCCGUGUGCAUUGGCACCAAACUGGGGGACUAUCGUUGUCUGCCGUGCUCUGGGUGGUGUCUCGACCGCUGGAGGCAGUGUGACGCUUGGUUUAAUUGCCGAUCUGUACGAGAAGGAAACGCAGCAGUUCCCGCUCGCGUUCAUCGUUCUCUCCUCGUGUAUUGGCACUAGUAUCGGUGGUGUCAUCGGCGGCCCAAUCCAGCGCUUCCUGCAUUGGAAAUGGUUCUUCUGGAUCCAGCUCAUCUUCGGCGGUGUCACGCAAGCAAUUAUCUUCUUUAUGCCUGAGAGCCGUUCAACCAUUAUCAUGGACAAGGAAGCCAAGCGCAUGCGCAAGUCUGGCGAGGAUCCGAACGUCUAUGGGCCCAACGAGCUGAAGAAACCUCGCGUCUCGCUCAAGGAAGCCUUUCAUAUCUGGAUCCGUCCGUUCCAUAUGCUGUUGACUGAGCCCAUCGUCUUUUGCCUCUCUCUGUUGUCUGGCUUCUCCGACGCCCUCAUAUUCACUUUUCUCGAGAGUUUUGCCAUUGUGUACGAGCAAGGAUGGGGUUUCGGCAUCCUCGGGCAGGCCUGGGCUGUGAUCCCUAUCAACCUGGCGUACUUCCUGGCCUACUUCAGCUACCUUCCGUUCUUCUGGCGCGACAGAUAUCUGCGCACAAAGAUCGAAGGGGACGAUAUGCCACCGGAACGGCGCUUGAAAUGGCUGCUGUGGCUUGCUCCAUUGGAGCCCAUCGGCCUGUUCGGGUUUGCUUGGACCUCCUUUGGCAGAGAGCGCGGUAUCCCGUGGAUAGCGUCCAUGAUCUUCUCGACUUGCGUGGGGGUCGCCAAUUAUGCCAUUUAUCUCUCGACUGUCGACUACAUGGUCGCGGCGUAUGGUGUCUACUCAGCCUCUGCCACUGGCGGUAAUGCGUUUGCCCGUGACCUUCUCGCCGGUAUCUCAGCCAUGUAUGCGACGCCCAUGUAUACCAAUAUCGGUGAUAAGUGGCACGUGGAGUACGCAUCAACUGUGCUUGCCUGUCUAUCCUGUCUGGUGGUCAUUCCAAUCUACGUGUUCUACUGGAAGGGUCCCCAAAUCCGCGCGAGCAGCAAGUUUGCCCAGGCGCUCGAGGCCGAGAACAAGACGAAUCAAGGACGCCGCGUUAGUCGGAUGAGCAGUCAGGGCUGGGGCUCGGUCUAA